AUGCCAAGGGAUAGGCAGCCGUUGUUCCUCGCGCUUGCCUUGGCGAACGUCAGUGCAGAGCGCUUCGGCUCGGCGCCCUUCACAUGGGAAACCGUCUCGGGCCGCUCCGACCCUUAUUGGGGCGGUAACAUGUCCGACGAUGAAGACGAAGGAGACAAGGGUGGUGACAAGGGCGGUGAUGACAAGGCUGGUGAUGACAAGGGCAGCGAUGACAGGGUUGGCGACGACGACCAAAAGCCGGACGCAGAGCCCUCCAGCAAGGACAAGCGGCCGGCAUCCAAGGGCAAGCAGCCCGCCUAG